UUAUAGCUCCCAUCAAAUUGCAAAUAAAAUAUGGCAGGCAUCGCGGCACCAAUACAUCAGGAAACAAUCACAGCUCAAGUUUCCACAACAGGUGCACCGGGCCAUCCCAUAAGCCAGAGUACAGAGAUGUCUGAGACAACAUCUGAUAAUGCAAAGGGAGACGCUGAGGUGAAAAUAGAAGUCAAGACAGAAGACGGGCCAAACUUUGAGGAAACAAGGGAUGAGCUUAAUACAGACACUCCAGUCAAGUCAGAGGAAGACGGUGGGAAAAGACGCACCAGGAAAGUGAAAAUGACCAGUUUGGCAGAGUUGUCUGACACUGAUGAGAGUGACGAAAAUAUUCAUCAGCCCCCUCCUAGAAAAAGAGGAAGGCCGCCUGGAGUAAGAGGAAGAGGAGCAAAGGCCAAAAAGAAAGAUGUCACAAGCGACUUGGUAGACUCAACAAGAACCCCAAGAAUAGUGUUGAAGAACAUUGCUUCAGAUGUAGGAACUGUGUCUCCCCCGAAGCGAGGCCGAGGCAGAGGAAGGGGAAGAGGGACUCCAGGAAGGGGGACAGGAAGAGGAAGGGGUCGAGGAAGGGGCCGGGGUUCUGCUGCUAAAGCAAAAGUGUCGGAGGAUGAAGAUGACGAUGAGAACGAUUCUGGAGAAGAUAAUGAUGAUGAUGACGACGACGAUACUGCUAACCCCACUGAGGACUCUGAGGAAGAGCAGUGGUUCAAGCAGAAAAAGAAACCUCGUCAGUCCUCAGGGCGAGGGAGGGGUCGAGGCAGAGGGAGAGGACGAGGGGCUAAGAGAGCGUCGCUGGAGAACAAAGAGGACGGGAUGGAUGAUGAUGAAAUGGAGAUGUCAGCAACCAACGAUGCCUCUGUCAAUGACCUCAGUGGGCCAAUCCGGACUGGUCAGUUCAUGAUAGAGAAAGCUGACCUGAGACAUUUGGAGAACUACCCAAUCUGGCGCAUGGAGGGUCCAAACAUGCUUCGUAAAUUUGAGAUGGUUGUUUUGGAUGGCCAAGUUCUGCACAAGUCGCAGUAUGCUUACUCCUCAUGGGCGCAAUCAAUGUCGGACUUGUACGACAGAAUUCAAGUACAGCAGCUCUCCAGUGCUGAUGGAGAGAUCACCGUGAAGGUGAAGAAAGACUACCAACCUACUCCGCCAUCUUUAGAAAAUCUGCAAAGCAAGUUUGCUGGAGAGGAACUUCUUGAUUCGUACCAGUUAUUUGUGAAGGCCAUGUUCCAGCAGGCUUUAGACUCCAAGUUUCUGACCAACAUUCGUGACCAUGGUGAUUCCACUUAUUUGGAUGCCAUCGCUAGGCUGGACAAUCUGGUCACCCAAGCAGUGCGGCGAAUCGAAAGUCUGGUCAAGAUGAAAGAGGAGUUUAUGACUAGAGUGAAAAACUGCCCCAACAUGAAGGGCAUUAAACGUCAGAACUGGUCCCAGACUGACCAGGCCACGGUGGACAAGGUGACGGAGAAAGGCGUCCGCUCGGUGCUGAUGUUUGGCUACGGCUACGACCCAUUCCUUAUGGAGGAGGACAAGUCUAGAGGGGUAGAAGUUGCUCAGGAAAUCAUCAUCGGCAGCACCAUGGAGAGGUACCUGGCUUCCUAUCACGGCCUUAUACACUUUAAAUACCACCUUUUGAGGCGCUGUCAGGAUUUGGUGAAGCUAGAAAAGGGCCUCAAUGCUGACUUAGGUGAAGAGCAGAUCCUGGCGAAGUGUGUGGACAAUCAAGUGUGGAUUCUGCAGACGUUUGAGGACCUGAAGGCUCUGUUGGUGGUGCCUGCGGCAUCAUAGGGUCUGCUUCUUUCUCCAUCUGGUGGACAAAGACAGUUUUGUCCAGUGGCUCAUACAGUGCAGCAGAGAAAAUGUCUUCUACUCAUCGUAUUACAAACAGGAUAUUUUGCUCAUAAUGAUUUCAUUUUUUUUUUUUUUUCAUUAUUAUUUCUAGAUGUCCUCAUCUUGGUCAUAUUUUCGUAUGUGGUCGUGCUUUUAUGAUAAUUUUAAUGUCUCUUUGUGCUUUACUGAGCUUGAUUUGUACACUUCUCAUUGUCAGCAGUAUUUCUUUUCUUUUGUCAGGUUUGAAUAUGAGGUAACAUGCAGCACAUUGUGAGGGUAUUUUUAGAUAAGAUAAGAUAAUAUUUUAUUAUCCCAGAGGGAAAUUUAGAGUGCUAUUUAUAUCAUACUAUGAUAUAGCUGAUUCAUUUUUUAUUUUUGUUUUUUAUGCAAUAUCUGAAUAUUUCACUGGAAACAAGGGGGGGGAAAAACAAGAUUAGGACCUCUUCUUUGUUAUUCAAGUGAUUUUUCUGUUACAGGUUCAUCAGCCUGUAUAAGACUAAGAGAGAACUAAUGGUGACUACUCUGGCCUAGCACUCUUUGUCGAUGUUUUGUAUACUGGUGAUUGGCUUAUUAUAAGACACAAUGAAAGCCAUUUUAAAAUUUGAGGGCGGAGUACCUUGUCCUUUGAAAGGACUCAGGAGAGGGAAAUAUUAUGACAAGAGAAAGACUUUAGGAGAGAGGAUGACAAAAGAAAUGUGUCAUGACUUGGAAUCAGGCGCUCGUCUAUUUUUGGGCAUAUGGGGAUAUCGGUAUCAUCAUAAA